AUGAGACGUCCGGAUGUGCGCAGGCUGCCUGAGGGCUCCUGGACUGUAGAUGUCAUCGUAUAUCCGGCCCUCGUGGUCCUACUGGACAAGGCGACGAGCGCCUUAGAUACCGAGUCAGAGAAGCCCAUUCAGGGCGCGCUACUGCAGGCAGCGUCAUCCUGCAAUCGUAUCACCAUUGCGGUGGCGCAUCGCCUUUUGACCGUCCGCGACGCUAACUGCAUCUUCGUCUUCUACGCUGGCAAGGUUGUGGAGGCCGGGACGCACAGCGAGCUGAUUGGAAAAGGAGGCAUGUAUGCCAAGAUGUGCGAGGCUCAGAAGCUUGACGGCACUGCAUGA